AGUGCGUGUUUCCGGCUCCGCUGCGGAAGGCGGAGGACUGGAGUUGCGGGGCCGGACGCGACCCGAAGGAGCGGGGAGAACAGGGGACGGGCGUGCGGAGUUCUGAGCUCGGAGCGUGGCUAGCGGACGGUGCGAUGGGUGGAGAGCAGGAGGAGGAGCGGUUCGACGGCAUGUUGCUGGCCAUGGCGCAGCAGCACGAGGGCGGCGUGCAGGAGCUUGUGAACACUUUUUUCAGCUUCCUUCGACGCAAAACAGACUUUUUCGUUGGAGGAGAAGAGGGGAUGGCAGAGAAGCUCAUCACACAAACCUUUAACCACCACAACCAGCUGGCACAGAAGGCCCGGCAGGAGAAGAGAACUCGGCAGGAGAACGAGCGGCGGGAGAAGGCGGAGCGGGCGGCUAGGCUGGCCAGGGAGGCCAAGUCAGAGAGCUCUGGGCCCCAGAUCAAGGAGCUGACAGAUGAGGAGGCAGAGAGGCUGCAGCUAGAGAUUGACCAGAAAAAGGAUGCAGAGAAUCAUGAGGCCCAGCUCAAGAAUGGCAGCCUUGACUCACCAGGGAAGCAGGAGGCUGAGGACGAGGAAGAGGAUGAGAAGGACAAAGGAAAACUGAAGCCCAACCUUGGCAAUGGGGCAGACCUGUCCAACUAUCGCUGGACCCAGACCCUGUCAGAGCUGGACCUGGCAGUGCCCUUCCGUGUGAACUUCCGGCUGAAAGGGAAGGAUGUGGUGGUGGACAUCCAGCGGAAGCACCUCCGGGUGGGGCUCAAGGGACAGCCUGCGAUCAUUGAUGGCGAGCUCUACAAUGAGGUGAAGGUGGAGGAGAGCUCCUGGCUCAUUGAGGACGGCAAGGUGGUGACAGUGCAUCUGGAGAAGAUCAAUAAGAUGGAGUGGUGGAGCCGCUUGGUGUCCAGUGACCCUGAGAUCAAUACUAAGAAGAUCAACCCUGAGAACUCGAAGCUGUCAGACCUGGACAGUGAGACGCGUAGCAUGGUGGAAAAGAUGAUGUAUGACCAGAGACAGAAGUCCAUGGGGCUGCCUACCUCGGACGAACAGAAGAAACAGGAAAUUCUGAAGAAGUUCAUGGAUCAGCACCCGGAGAUGGAUUUUUCCAAGGCCAAAUUCAACUAGCUGUUUGCUUCCCUGAACUCUUGGGGCUGAGGCUACAGCCAUCUACCUGUCUUUCCCACCCUUCCCUGGGACUUGAGAGCCUCAGAGCUGAGGCAGGCAUGGCGCUGGCCCAGGCACACAGGUCCCAGGGCAUCAUGGAAGAAGGGCUGAGGCCCUGGAGGGGGUUCUUAUCCUCCCCAAUUGGCCUACUGUUCUGUUACACAUUAAAACUAUUUACCCAGUUCCACUUCUUUUCUCUUCCCUUUGGCCUUUACCUGGAAGGACAGACCUCUUACGCUUGCUGCAAGGAGCUGGGGGCUUGGCGUCCAGCUGAUUCUGCCAUGUGAACUAGGGCAAGUUCUUGCCCCUUUCUGGAUUCAGUUUCUCAUU